UUUUCCAUAAUCCGCCUGUCUAAAAAUCGACUUUACUUCUGUUCAAAGUCUUCUUAGCUCACCCAUCAGAGUUAAUUAUUGUUGUUUCUAAUCAGUGUCGGCAGACAACAGAUGCUGCUUUCACCUAAAAUACAACAGUGGACGUUAAUUCAACUUUCCUUGCACCGACCGACCCACCGAGGAGCUGAAGAUGAACCCGAGCGGAGCAGCCCGCAGCGGGAAGACUUUCCUGUUCACGUCCGAGUCUGUGGGAGAAGGACACUCCGAUAAGAUGUGUGAUCAGAUCAGCGAUGCAGUGCUUGAUGCAUACCUGAGUCAAGACCCCGACUCUAAAGUGGCCUGUGAAUGUGUGGCGAAGACGGGCAUGAUCUUACUGGUUGGAGAAGUGACAUCUAAGGCCAUCGUGGAUCUCCAGGCAGUGGUCCGAAAUACCGUUAAGAAGAUUGGCUAUGAUGACUCUUCAAAGGGUUUUGACUAUAAGACCUGCAAUGUGCUGGUAGCGCUGGAGCCGCAGUGUGAGGAGAUAUCAGACUGUGUGUUUGAAGGCAGGGAUCAGGAGGACAUCGGCGCCGGGGACCAGGGUUUGAUGUUUGGCUACGCCACAGAUGAGACCGAGGAGUGCAUGCCCCUAACCAUCCUUCUGGCUCACAAACUCAACUUCCAGAUGAGGGAGCUGUCACGCAACGGGGAUUGUCCUUGGAUACUACCAGACUCCAAAACACAAGUCACAGUGGAGUACAGCGACAACAUGGGAGCCAUGGAGCCUCUGCGUGUUCACACUGUGGUCAUCUCAGUGCAACACAGCCCGGACAUCACCCUGGAGGAGAUCAGACGCAAUCUGAUGGAGAAGGUGGUGAAGGUCGUCAUUCCCACCAGGUACUUGGAUGACAGAACCAUCUACCACCUACUGCCAAGUGGGAAAUUCCUUAUGGGUGGACCACAGAGUGAUGCAGGACUCACAGGGCGUAAAAUCAUCGUGGACACAUAUGGAGGAUGGGGGGGGCACGGAGGAGGGGCUUUCUCCGGAAAGGACUACUCCAAAGUGGAUCGGUCCGGAGCUUAUGCGGCACGCUGGGUGGCCAAGUCUUUGGUCAAAGCCGGACUGUGCAGGAGAGCCCUCGUUCAGAUCUCGUAUGCGAUCAGUGUGAGCCACCCGCUCUCCAUCUCAGUGUUUCACUACGGCUCAUCGAACAGGGACGAAGACGAGCUGCUGCAAAUCGUACAAAAGAACUUUGACUUGCGGCCUGGGAUCAUUGUGAAAGAGCUCGGUUUGAAGCGGCCGAUUUACCAGAACACGGCCUGCUACGGUCACUUCGGCAGAGAGAUGUUCCCCUGGGAAAAACCAAAGUCUCUGGUGUUUUGAGUUUUGGGCGUCGGCUCACAUUUCAGUUAUGUCUUAAUAAUCAAUCGUCAAACAAUCACAGAAUAUCUUGAUGUGUAACUGAAGACAUACAUGUCUCUUAAACUGUAAAAGUGAAGCCCUUGAUGAAGAUGAAUUUAGAUUUCGUGAUUGAGGAACUUUUUUGUAUGAGAAACUAGUUAUUGUUAAAAUAAAAAGUAUUAUACAAUAAAUGUGAUUUUUCUUUGUUUUAGUAUUGUGGAAGAAUUGUCAGGUACUGUCAAAUGUAUAAAAAUCAUGUAUUUUGGUAAUUUGUAAUAAAUAAUUUUUGGUGAAUAAAACGCUGC